AUGAAUGAGAAUCAAAAUACCCAAGUACUACUCUUGACCUAUUGCAUUCUUAUUUUGCUUGUUGUCCCAAGUGUAGUUGUUUCUGAGUGCACCUGUUAUGAAUCAAAAGAAGUCCAAGACAAAGGCAAGUUGCUGAAGUUAAAGAUAGCAGCUCAUGUAUCCAUUCUAAUUGCCAGUAUAAUUAGUGUUUAUAUUCCAUCUCUCGGCAAACUCAUACCCGCUAUAAGUCUAGAAAAAGACAUCUUCCUCUUAAUUAAGGUCUUUGCGGCAGGUGUUAUACUGGCCACUGGAUUUAUUCAUGUGUUGGCGGAUGCGUUCGAGAAUCUAAUUUCGUCUUGUUUGCACGAUCAUCCCUGGGAAAAUUUUCCUUUCACUGGAUUUGUGGCCAUGUGUACUAGUAUGGGAACACUUAUGGUUGAUGCUUAUGCCACUGCUUAUUUUCAAAAAUCACAUUUUCAAGAGGCACAAGUAGAGACUUCCACAGAUACAGAAAAAGAUCUUCACCUCCACAAAACACAUGGUCAUGCACAUGGCUUUGUUCCCAGUAAGUCUUCAGAGCUCCUUCGUCAUCGCGUCAUAUCACAGGUGUUGGAGUUGGGGAUGUUAGUUGUCCAUUCUAUGGUAAUAGGAAUCACCUUGGGAGCAUCAAUGAGUUCAGAAACAAUAAGACCCCUGGUUGCAGCGUUGACAUUCCGUCAGUUCUUUGAAGGUAUCGGACUUGGAAGCUGCAUAACUUAG